AUGCACUUUGCGCCUCAGUUAGGGGCUGAAGCAGCCGCCGCUCUGGAGCCUUCUGGCCCUGUCACCAACACCUGCAACAGCCGCAUACAGCGGCUCCGCCUCUGGUGCCGUCCUGCGAUUGCAACAGCCUUUUUAAACUCCAAAGGCCGAGUGCUAGCCGAUGCGCUUAUGCUGUGGAGGGAUCAACUAAAUGGUUUUCCGCGUUUUUUACUGGAUGUUGAAGCCUCUCUUUCUGAGCGGCUCCUCGCCUACCUGGAGCGCCAUGCCGUCUCCGCGAAGGUAUCUGUGUGUGCGGAAGCAUCCCUCUCGGCCCUUCAGCUUCUGCCUGAUCCGCGGAGCGCCUUGACACUGCACAGAGAGAACUCCGGGGGGGGGCCGCUGCGGGAUGGGCCCCCAAAGUGUCGCGUUAGCCAAGCGUUGGACUUUGUGAUGAGGCAAACUGCAGGCGCUGCGCCUGUGUUUCGCUAUGUCGAAGACUCGGGAGUCACCGCGGGGGCAGAUGCGGCUGCACUUGAACAGGGAGAGUGUGCAGCGGCGAAGGCGGGGGCAGCAGGAGCAGCAGGCAGUGAUGCUGACCGGACACCCCCUUGGACGGAGGGCCUCGUUGCAGCGGAUCCCCGCACGUGGCGUCUUGGCUACAGAGUGUACUUAGAGGCGGCUGCGUUGAGCGAGGAGGGGCCCUCCGUUGUGCCUCUACCGGUGCAGCAGAGGGGCCCUGCAGGGGCUGGACAGGCGAGGGCCCAGACAACUGCAGCAGGGGAAGGCGACGCUUUGGAGACACCAUCAGAGGCGGCUUCAGAAACACCACCAGAGGCGGCUUCAGAAACACCACCAGAGGCGGCUUCAGAAACGGCUCAGGACAGCCGGAGGGACGCCUACGAAGUGUUUCGACACCUCGCUGGGGUCUGUGAGGGGCCGAAGGAGGUUGGCGUUGGCGACCUUCUACCGCUGUAUGUGAAUAUGGACUGGCUGCAUGCGCUGUGCGCUCACAAUAAGGGUUGCUUUGUCGGCCAGGAAGUGCUGACGCGCGCGUUGCACGAGCUGUCCAACAGACGUCGUGUGGCGCUGCUCCUGCGGGGGCCCCGCUGGCCUCAGGCGGUGCCUGAGAUGGCUCCUGUUUGCACCGCAACGCAGUCAGGAGAGGCUUCCCUACCUUCUCUAGAAAAGUGGGUGCCCUCCAGAGUGAUUGCGUGGUGGGCUGGAGCCCUCGAAGCCGCGGUGAGGAGGGCCUACGAAGGGAUGGCGAGGGGGGAACCAGAGGCGGCGUAUCCGGAGGUAGGGGGCCCCCCAGCCGCGAACGAUGUGGUUCCGGGGGCUGGUGUGUAUCGACGCGUGGCAGGGGCCUCUGUAGGGAAGCAUGCGCAGUGGCGCGAGGUAGGAGUCGUCUUGGCCUUCAAGGAGGAUAUCGGCGCUGGCAUUUGCCUCCUUAGGUCUCGUCCCGGUGACUGUGUGCUCAAGACUCCGGAGGACCUCGCGCGGUUCGCUGCAGGCCUCGCAGGGAGUUCUGUGCGCAUCUCCGCCAAAAUGAUGCCCGCGGGGGGCCCCGAGGGGCCCUUCGAGCCAAAGGGUCAGGACGGCGGGUUCAUGGUUGUGCCCCCGCCGUACGUUAUCGACGAGCUUGUGCGCCCCCCGCAGACACCAGGAGCACGUUAG